AGACACACACACACACACACACACACACACACACACACACACACACACACUUACACACACACACACACACACACACACACACACAGGAGAACUAUCCCACUACCCCUGGUGGAGGUAGUCACUAUUGAAAGAGCCAGAAGUGGGUUUCAGAUUUAGGGUACAAGGUUCUGCAAGUCUACAACGUCAAUCAAAGCCGGCUUGACCAACCCCCUUUUCCCUUCGGGCCAGCAGGUUGUAAAGCCAUUAAAGAAAGCAUCAAGGAUUUUCUUCCCAAUAGACCUCUUAGUGCGAGCCUCCCUUUCAAGCUGUGGUUAAGGUUGGGGGGGCGAGGUCUCCUUGUUCCUAAAUGAACCAUGUACUGUUUUUGGAGCGCAAGAUUCGGUAUUAUUCUUAUUCACAGCGCUGUCUUCCUAUUCGGAACUUUUGAGAGAGCAUCCACCAGCAACAUUAAGGACAGUAGUGACGGGAGGGAGGAGGUCCAGCGGCAGAGCCGGCACAGCCAGAGGUACCAGAUCCGGGGACAGCAGCCCGACGAGGUGGCCCAGUGGUGGGGAGAGUGGAGCAGCUGGUCCACCUGCUCCAGGACCUGUGGAGGAGGGGUGCGCUCUCAGGAACGACACUGUCUGCAGCAGAGACUCACUGCCACACAGAACAUCAACAGCUCCUUCUGUGUCGGAUCUCCGAAGCAGUAUCAGCUAUGUCCAUUUCAGCCCUGUGUCAGUACCAGUGUUAGCUUCAAGCAGCAGCAGUGCUCCCAGUUCAACGCCAAAGCCUUUGGCAGGAGACACUACGAGUGGGUGCCCCUCUAUCCAGAUGACUACAUCAGUAUCUCCAACAAGCCGUGUGACCUACAGUGCACCAGCACCACAGGGGAGAGGCAGCUGCUGGUCCCGGCCCACGACGGAACCUACUGCCGGGACGGCAUCUACCAGGGCGUCUGCAUCGAGGGCCAGUGUCAGACGGUGGGUUGUGACGGGAAGCUUUACUCCAGUAAAACGGUAGAUACGUGCGGUGUGUGUGGCGGGAAUGGCAGCUCCUGCUACAGAGUGUCUGGAUCUCACCGGAAAGGGAGCACACAGUUAGGUUAUGUGUUUAUCACCAACAUUCCUGUUGGUGCCACCGACAUCCAGAUCAUUGAGAGACGGAAAACCGAAAAUAUACUGGCCCUAUCCGAUGAAGCAGGACACUUCUUUUUCAAUGGGAACACAAUUAUCGACAAUCCCCGUAACUUCCGUGUUGCUGGCACAGUCUUCAAGUACAGGAGACCCGCUAACCUCUUAUCAGAUGGAUUUGAGUACAUCAUCGCCCAAGGACCCACUGACCAGGGGUUAAACGUCAUGUACUACAACCUGAACGGAAAGAUGCCCCACAUCACAUAUGAGUACACUGUACCUCGCACCCCAGAAGCCCGCACAACAACCCCAGUAGCCUCGCCUCCAGAGGAGGUCCAGAUACGAGCACUGUCCAUUGUCGAACCAGCGAUCCCAGAACCAUGGCCCCCGGUGGCCCAAGAAAUAAUGGCCAACGCCACUGCCACUGAACUCUCCUUCAAUGAUAAUGAGAUUGAGGCCAGCGAGGACUAUGGGAAGCUGGGAAACCACAGUGGUGUUCGGGUCCCGGACAACCCCCCGGAGGUCGACCAUGACCUGGAUCAUGACCAUGAAGGUCUUGUGUGGGAACUACAGGCUCCUCUCAACCUCAGUCAACCUCCAGCCAUGCUGGUGUUCAGACCGGCCAGUGAGAUCCACCACAACAACCUGGAGAAUAAGCUAGGAGACCAGGGACAUCCUGCACCUGCUAACUACAGGACAGACUCAAACUUGAUUGAUGGCGACUCUCCUGGUCCCAACGGCACCCACCGACCAUCCAAGCCCCUCCACAGGAGCCUGUUCCUGGACCUGGUCUCUGAGCCAGGAGGCCUCAGACAACCCUGCCAGGAUGGCUCCAACCUCUGCCCUCUCCUGGGACUCAACACCAGCUCCUCCCUGGACAACAGCCUGGCCCAGCUGGAGAUCUACCCAGGCAGCCUCAACCUCCACGAGGCCACAGCUGAGGACAACGCCCCCUAUGGACUACAUUUCGAACCAGAGCCCAACGGGACAGAGAGUUCCAACCUCGUCAACCUCCACCAGGUAGAGCCGGUACAGGCCCCCGACACAGAGAGCAAUGAGUUUGAGGUGGGAUUGCUUGACCGUGACAUCAGCCUUGCUGACAUGUACAGAUGGAAGGUAUCUGCGUAUGCACCCUGCAGUUCAACAUGUACCACAGGUAUCAGUACGUCCUACGCCCUGUGUGUCCGGUAUGACGGCUCUGAGGUGGACGAGACUUACUGUGACGCUGUGACCAGACCUGAACCCACACACGAGUUCUGCACCGGGAAGGAGUGUCCACCAAGGUGGGAGACCAGUCGGUGGAGUGAGUGUUCGAGGACGUGCGGCGAGGGUUACCAGUUCCGUACGGUGCGCUGCUGGAAGAUGAUGGCGCCAGGCUUCGACAGCUCCGUGUAUGAUGAGCUGUGUGUGGCUGCAGAGCUGCAGAAACCAAUGGCACGCAAGGCCUGCAAGAGCAAAGGCUGUGGCCCACAGUGGGAAGUCUCUGACUGGUCUGAGUGUUCCGCUCGUUGUGGGGGACGUGGUUUGAGGAGUCGGGAGGUGCGCUGCUCCAUGGAGACGCGCCUGUGUAACGAAUCCUCGCGGCCACUCAGUGAGAAGGAGUGCGAGGGACCGCCCUGUGACCGCAGGUGGACCGUUUCGGACUGGGGCCCUUGUUCAGGGGCCUGUGGCGAGGGCAGGAUGACGCGCUACGUGGCGUGCAAGAACAGCAACGGCAACGUGAUCUCUGACGGCCAGUGCGACCUGGACCUCAAGCCCCUGGCCGUGUACCCCUGUGGGGACAAGAACUGCCCGGCGCACUGGGUAGAACAGGAGUGGGAACAGUGUAACACCACCUGUGGGCGGGGGGUGAAAACGCGGCAGGUGGUGUGUUCCGGCCUGGAGGACGGCGUGUUCAAGGAGUUCCACGGGCAGACGUGUGACUCCGCCCUCAAACCCGAGGAGAGCUCCGCCUGCUUUGAGAGGCCCUGCUCCAAGUGGUUCACCACUUCCUGGUCUCAGUGCAGUAAGACAUGUGGCAGCGGGGUGCACGUUCGGGAGGUGAAGUGCUACCAGGGGGAGGAGCUAGGCCACAGCUGUGAUUCUGCCCUCAAACCUGAGGCCGGGCAGACGUGUGAGGUGCAGGCCUGUCCCACAGAGGCCCCAGUUGAAGAGGUGUGUCAGGACAAGGCUACGGCCAACUGUGCCCUGGUGCUGAAGGUGAAGCUGUGUACACACUGGUACUACAGGAAGGCCUGCUGCCAGUCCUGUAAGGGCAAGGCCCCGUAAGGGCCAGGGGCUACAGGCCAGGGGCCCGCACUCACAAUGGCCCCCCACAGAAUGUGAAGACAGUCCCCAUACAGGACACCUUGCACUGUGCCCUGGACUCUUUUCCUUUAGAUUGUAGACUUGUCCUAUAGCCUGGUUCCAGAAGUUAUAUGGCCUGUAGCCAACUCGGACUUGUUUUCAUGCCAAAGCUAUGGGUAACUGCCAAAAUAAUGGAAACACCAACAUAAAAUGUCUUAAUAGGGCGUUGGGCCACUACGAGGUGCCAGAACAGCUUCAAUGCACCUUAGCAUAGAUUCUACAAGUGUCUGGAACUCUAUUAGAGGGAUGUGACACCAUUUUUCCAUGAGAAAUUCCAUAAUUUGGUGUUUUGUUGAUGGUGGUGGAAAACGCUGUCUCAGGCAGCGCUCAAGAAUCUCCUAUAAGUGUUCAAAUGGGUUGAGAUCUGGUGACUGAGAUGACCAUGGCGUAUGUUUUACAUCGUUUUCAUGCUCAUCAAACCAUUCACUGACCACUCGUGCCCUGUGGAUGGGGGCAUUGUCAUCCACUCCCAUCUGGGUAGAAAUUAUUCAUCAUAGGUUGAAAGUGAUCAUCAUAGGUUGGUGUUUACCUUGCCCUCUAAGGGGUUGAGUGGACAUAAACCAUGCCAGGAAAGUGCACCCCACACCACAACAGAGCUGCAAGAACCCUCAUUUACUCAAGUGUUUCCGUUAUUUUGGCAGUUACCUGUACACGUUUGGAAUGAUAAGAAACGAACGUUGCAGAGAGGGGCACAUACAGAUGAGACCAGGCUAGAAUUGUCCCACAAUCUCUCCUUCCUCCCUAACCACGUCCAGAACCUCAUGCCUAUCUUCUCCCCUAACCCAAGACCUUCCACCCCCUCCACCUCUCUACCCCCCUUUGCCCCAAGCCCAAAACCCUGGGAGCCAGACCAACUCCCACCAAAGGUGCUAUAAUACCCUGGGCGUCGGGCGCAAACCGCUCGGUAACACUACAACCCCCCAAAGGCAGCUCCUGUUACGUGACUGUAUAUCGAGCUGGAUCCACAGCUCCACGGUCAGGAGAGACCAACCGGUCCGACAGUCCAACCGUGGCUCGACCACUCAGUGCACGGUCUCUCCACCUCUUCUGCUGUAAUUGUUCUAAAUGUGUACUGUAUGUCUCCAGCUGUUUUAGGAAGAUCGAAAAUAAAAGCCAAGCUGUUUUGGAA